AGAGACAGAACACCCACGAGUGAGAAUGUCAUGUACUAAAACAAUAUUGGAUUAUUUCAACGAGGACUGUUGGAAUCUUGUACUGGGCUAUGUGCCUUUGCAGGAUAUUAUUCGAACAGAACGUGCCAGCCGGCAAUGGCAGAGGAUAGUACUUACUUACUUGUCACAUACUCGUAUUUGUAUAAAAAUGGAUUAUAGCUUCCGGGAUGAUGACGAGGUCACAGGGGUAGUACAGAAUGUCCGUUGCGCCAUUCUAAGGAAAACUUAUAUGCCAUCUUUUCAAAGUUGGGCAUGCAAAUUGGGGACAUCAGUGGUGGCUGGUUACUGCUCUGAAAAAAGUUUUAAUAUCAUUGGAGAGAACUGCCCCAAUUUAGAAGGUGUUACGUUCCUUAACCUCCCUGAAGAAUUGUUAUUGAACAAUCGGUAUCCAAACUUCCGAUGCCUGCGGAGGCUUCGUUUUAUAGAUUGUUUGUCUAUGACAGAUAACACUCUCAGCCAAUACAUAGCUAGCCCUGUUUUGGAGGAAUUGUUAUUAUUCUUCAAUAAUCAAGUAACUGGUCAAUGCUUCACAAACAUUAGAUCACCAAAUUUUAAAUCCCUCGACUUCAAAUUUUGUAAAGCCUUGGCAUGUCGGCUUUUGGCUGUGGCCAAGGACCAUUUCAGCGAAUUGACGAAGCUGGUUCUUAAUGGUAUUAAUGCCGUUAAUAUAGAAGGUGAUUUUGGAGAAAAAGAUGAACCAUUUGACGACAUAGUGUUAGUGCUAGAAAAGACGACGAAGUUAGAAUACUUAUCUACAUGGGAAUUUGGGAGGUACCUAGACAAUUUCUUUGAGUCGGUCUACCGACUAAGAUAUUUGAAAGAGCUUGAGAUAGACAGCUAUGGAACAGACGAAAAUAUUGCGGAAGUGACGCGGCGCUGUCCACAGUUGCGGUUCUUGAAGUACCAAGUCUGUGAGCAGCUAACAGGGCGCGGGCUGCGGGCGGCGUGCGUGCACGCAGGCGCGCGGCUCACGAAACUCCACGUGCCUCAUAGCAAACACCUCACAGACAACGACGUGGAGGCCUGCAUUCGUGCCUGUCCCAAUCUUAUGGAGCUGAAUGUGCAGUACUGUUCGUUAAUAACGCGUGAUGUUUUGCCGCGUGCAGCGGCCGCGCGUCGCGCUGUUCGCGCGCAUCUGCCGCUGCGCCUGCUCUUGUCCGACUUUGACUUGCGCCGCGAUGAUCCUGAGAACCACGAGCCGAUACCAACGUUUGAAGAGCUUGAUCUACCCUACAUUCGUUUCUCAUAA